AUGUCUCUUCCCAAGGUCCGCAAUAGUUAUGCGCUAGUGCUAGCGCUAGCGGCGGGUUUCUUUGUGCAGUUCAUGUAUUAUGAGUGGAUGGUGCCUGCCAGAUCAGCCGGGCAGUGCCAUUGGAAAGAAACCGGUGAGAAACCAACAAAUGUGCUUUUGGUGGCUGACCCCCAACUAAUAGACAACCACACUUAUCCCGGCCGGAAUAGUGCAUUGCUCAAACUUCUGCAGCACACAGUGGAUACUUACUUGGCUCAAAACUACAAAGCCCUUGUUGGAAAGCUCCAACCAGACUACAUCUUCUUUUUGGGUGACUACUUGGACAAUGGCAGGCUGGCCUCAGACGAAUACUUUAACCACGAGGUGCGCCGUUUCUGGCGCAUCUUUGACCGCUGGCCGGAGAAGUACAUACACGGAAAAAACUGGUUUACUAAUGUGGCCGGUAAUCAUGACAUUGGCUUCGGGAAUGGGGUCAAGGCUCAUCUGCGACAACGCUUUGAGGGGAUCUUUGGGUCCGCCAAUGCUAUUAUGGAGAUUGAUGGUGUGGACUUUGUGGUUGUGGACACGCCGCUGUACUCUGCAGAGGGUGAGUUGAGUUCCGAUGCUCGAGCUUUUGUGGACUCGCUUGGUGUUUCAAAGCGAGAUGAAGUUGGGGCUAUCAGCGAAGAAGUUGAUCCCGUCUCGGGAAAGAACUUGAAAGACGUUACAAAGGAGGUGGAUGCAUUGUUUGAGGAAAAGCCCAAGGGUGAAGAUGUCAGCUCCGACUUGAAUGCCAUUCCUGAAGAGGUAUCAGAGGACAAGAAGGACUCAGACGACACUAAGAACCAAAAGCAGAACGAAGCAGAAAACGCAUCAGAGGAAAAAUCAUCGGAUGCAAAGAAUCAAGAGGAGCCUCAUGCUGCCGUCUCUGAUGACGAGCUUAAGUCUGAGCUCAAUGCCCCGAACCCACCCCACGAGCAACCAAAAAGCUCCCGCCCCAGAGUGCUUCUCUCACACGUUCCUUUUUAUAGAGACCCAAAGGUCCAGACGUGUGGACCGCUUCGUGAAAGUCCCGUCUUUCAUCUCGGUCCGGGAUACCAAUACCAGCUGGCGCUUCUGUCUGACAUCUCGGAUGAGCUUCUCACUAAGAUACGCCCCGUGGUUUCGUUUACUGGCGAUGACCAUGACUACUGCGACGUUACACAUCCGCUUACAGGAACCAGGGAAAUUACAGUCAAGCUGAUCAGCAUGGCUAUGGGGAUUUGGCAUCCGGCAGUUCAACUCCUCUCAUUUGAUGCCUCAAAACUGGAGCUUUCAUACGACACACACUUGUGUUAUCUUCCAACGCCAUAUGCUAACGUCAUCUCAUACGCCGUGUCUGCUGCAGUGAUCGCCUUCCUUUUGUUGGGACACUCUCUUCGCCUCAGGCCUUCAAGAUAUAACUACAAUUACUCGAUCCUCCCCACGCAUGGUGAUCCCGAGCUGGCAAUUCUCAUGGAAAACCCAAUGUCUAAAAAGGUAUCCAACUUUUUGAAAGAGCAGGACGAGGGUUCGUCUAUUUCCACGCCCAUUCCAGUUUACACCUCGACCGCUGCCAAACUGACGCCUGAGCUAUUGGCUGCGAAAUAUAGGUAUGCACGGUUGGCGGUUCGCAGGUUCACGAGGAAAUGGAAUUUGGUACUUUUCCUUCGUUUGUGUUUGCUCAAGUUUUCUUUUGUCAUGUUGGGAUAUUUCAUUGUCAUUGCUGCCAUCUGA